UUUGGGCGUCCGGGUCCCCGGUCCCCGGUGCCCGGUGCCCGGUGCCCGGUCGAUGGCGCUGCGCGGGCUGGCCGGGGGCCUGCGGAGGCUCCGCCCGCUCCCCUCCCGUGGCGGGACCAGCCUGGGCACCGGCCGCCCCCGCCCAGGUCCUGCUAUUGUGAAGCCCCUGGAAGAUGUGAAAAUUCUAGAUCUAACAAGAGUGCUGGCUGGACCUUUUGCCACUAUGAAUUUAGGAGACCUCGGAGCAGAAGUUAUUAAAGUGGAACGACCAGGAUCUGGAGAUGACACGCGGACCUGGGGACCCCCCUUCGUGGGGACAGAAAGUACUUAUUUUCUCAGCAUCAACCGUAAUAAAAAGAGUAUAGCCAUCAAUAUUAAAGAUCCAAAGGGAGUGAAGAUUGUCAAAGAGCUUGCAGCUGCCUGUGAUGUAUUGGUGGAAAACUACGUCCCUGGCAAGCUGCUUGAAAUGGGCCUGGGGUAUGAAGAUAUCAACAAGGUGGCACCUCAUAUCGUCUACUGUUCCAUAACAGGCUACGGUCAGACCGGUCCAAUGUCUCAGCGGGCCGGUUACGAUGCCGUCGCCUCUGCCGUUUCUGGCCUCAUGCACAUCACGGGGCCCGAGGAUGGCGAUCCAGUUCGGCCAGGUGUAGCUAUGACAGAUCUUGCUACUGGGCUGUAUGCUUACGGAGCCAUCAUGGCAGGGUUGCUGCAAAAAUAUAAGACCGGGAAAGGCCUGCAUAUUGAUUGCAAUCUGCUCUCGUCUCAGGUGGCAUGUCUGACCCAGGUAGCGGCUAAUUACCUCAUUGCAAGGAAAGAAGCACAGCGCUGGGGCACUGCACAUGGAAGUAUUGUUCCCUAUCAGGCCUUCAGGACUAAGGACGGUUACCUUGUGGUGGGAGCAGGGAAUGACCAACAGUUCACCAUGGUGUGUAAGAUCCUGAGUUUGCCUGAACUGAUUGACGAUGCCAGAUUCAAAACUAACCAACUUCGGGUCCAGAAUAGGAAAGAGCUUAUUGGAAUAUUAUCAGCACGGUUUGCGGAAGGAAUGACCACCAAAUGGCUCCAUCUCUUUGAAGGGAGCGGGAUUCCAUAUGGUCCAAUUAACAGCAUGCAGAGUGUGUUCGCCGAGCCCCAGGUAUUGCAUAAUGGACUGGUAAUGGAAAUGGAUCAUCCAACUGUGGGGAAGAUAGCGGUCCCAGGGCCAGCUGUCCGAUACAGCAAGUUCCCGAUGUCAGAGCCAAGACCUCCUCCUCUCCUGGGGCAGCACACUGAGGAGAUCCUGAGGAAUACCCUAGGCUAUGACGACAGGAUCAAACGGGGCAGGGUUCAAAGUCAAGUGCAGAGGGAACAUUUUCAACCCGAUCGAAUGGAUCCAGCUGUUGUAGUCAAGGUGACCUCAGGUAUUCAGUGGUAUGUAGAAAUGGCCCGGGAAUCAGGGCAGGGGGCGGGAAUGGGGAGGUGAUAAGAAAAUGCCCCUCUUCUCUACCAGUGCUUUCGGUGGCCCCCAGCCUCUACUGGCUCAAAAAGCGUCAUGCCGUAAACUUCGAGCACAUUAUCUACAAGGAAAGUAAACACAGUCUUGGAAGGCUCAAAAAUGCCAUCUGUGUGCCUUUGGAGGGAAGCAGUUUCCCCCUGCUGAAGAGUAGUAACAAGAAGCAACCUGGCUUAGUGGGAAGAGCAAGGGCCUGGGCAUCGGAAGACCUGUGUCCUAAUCCCAGCUCUGCCACUUUCCUGCUGUGUGACUUUGGGCAAGUCACUCAACCUCUCAGGGCCUCAGUUUUGUCUUCUAUAUCAGCAGGGAUAAGUCGCUUAUUCCUCUUUCCCCCUUAGUCGGCGAGCCCAUGCAGGAUUGGGACUAUGUCCGGUUGACUUAUAUUCUUAGUACCCUUAGUACAACGUUUGGCACAUAGUAAGCACUGGAUAAGUGCCACCAUUGUCAUUAAGAGUAGUGGUGGUACUUUCGGAGGACCUGCUGGGUGUAGUUUACAAAGCGCUUGGGAGUCUAGACUCUGAGCUUGUUGUGGACAGGGAAUAUGUCUACUUAUUGUUAUAUUGUACU